AUGCGCGGAGUGAGCCGGGAUUUGGUAAAGCAGAGGGCGGAUGAUCUGCAGAAGUCCGAGUUAGUUCUAUUGAGGAGCAGCAGUUCAUCCAUUGAAGGGUACAGGCUACAGUUCCGGGUCCGCCCCCCUGGCUUCUCUGGGGUGGUCCGGACUGUGUUGCGCCCAGACCAGGGCCUGGUGCUGGGACAGGAAGUGCGCUCGCUGCUGGAGAAGGGGGCCGUGGAGCUCGUUCCCCCGCAGGCCGGCGGGUCCGGUUUGUACAGCCGGUACUUCCUGGUUCCCAAGAAGGACGGAGGCCUGCGCCCUAUUCUGGAUCUGCGGGUUCUGAACUGGUCUCUGAGGAGAUACAGGUUCAAGAUGCUCACCAUCCCCGCCAUCGGCAUCCGGAUCCUCAAUUACAUCGACGACUGGCUUAUCCUGGCUCAGUCUCGGGAGUUGGCGGUUCGGCAUCAAGAUGUCGUCCUUGCUCAUCUUCUUCGUUUGGGGCUGAGGCUCAACGAGGGAAAGAGUGUGCUAGCAUCCGCCCAAAGGACUGUCUUCUUAGGGUUGGUGUGGGACUCGUUGACGAUGCUGGCAUGUCUGUCUCUGGCUCGUUUCGAGUCCGUUCUGGCCACGGUGAAGAGUGUGAGGCUGGGCAGCGCCAUCACAGUAAAACACUUCCAGAGGGUGUUUGGCCUCAUGGCAGCUGCUUCCAGCUUGAUACCUUCUGGUCUUCUGCACAUGAGGGCCCUGCAGUGGUGGCUGAAAUCCAAGGGGUUCUCCCCGAGGGGAAACCCGUUCCGCCUGAUACGGGUUGCGCACAAAUGUCUUCGUGCCCUAUCAGUGUGGAAGGAGCCUUGGUUCCUGUCCCAAGGACCCGCGCUGGGGGCACCCUGUCGCCGUGUAAUCGUUUUGACAGACGCUUCCCUCACCGGGUGGGGCGCGGUCAACCGCUCAGCGAGGGGUGUUUGGCAGGAGCAUCACUCGUCAUGGCACAUCUAUUGCCUCAAGAUGCUGUCCGUGUUCGGAGCUCUGAGGAGCUUCCUGCCUGCAAUCCUGGGUCACCACGUGCUGGUCAGGUUCGACAAUACAGCUGUGGUGGCCUAUCUGAAUCACCAGGGGGGUCUGCGCUCGUGCCCUCUCUGCAGACUGGCGCAUCGGAUCCUCCUGUGGUCCCAGCGGAGACUGCUCUCUCUCAGAGCGAUGUUUAUCCCUGGGCUUCAGAAUCAGGGUGUGGACCUGCUGUCGAGACAGGGGCUGAGGCCCGGGGAAUGGCGGCUCCACCCCGAGGUGGUGGAAUCCUUGUGCGUAAGGUUCGGACCUAUAGACGUGGACUUGUUUGCGUCUCGGGAGACUACGCACUGUCCUUUGUGGUUCUCCCUGACGCCGCCGGCCCCGCUAGGGCUGGACGCCAUGGUGCGGGAGUGGCCGAGGCUGCGUCUGUACGCUUUUCCCCCAGUCGCCCUGCUCCCGGGGAUCCUGGAGAGGGUCCGUCGGGAGGGCAUCUGCCUGCUUCUGGUAGCGCCGUUCUGGCCGACCCGGGUGUGGUUCUCGGACCUGAUGGCGCUCCUGGACGGUCCGCCGUGGCGUGAGGAGGGACCUGCUGUCCCAGGAAGGCGGCCGGGUUCUUCACCCUUGCCCCGCCCUGUGGCGGCUGUGGGUCUGGCCCUUGAGGGGGCCCAGUACCUAGAGGCGGGCCUGACGGCAGGAGCGGUCGACACUCUCCUCAGCUCCAGGGCCCUGUCUACACGGAGGAUGUAUGGCCUGAAGUGGGACGUCUUCUCUGCCUGGUGCAGGGGACGCAUGCUGGACCUAGUUACCUGCCCGGUUGUUCAGGUGCUGGAGUUUCUGCAGGAACGCUUCUCUGCGGGCCUUUCCCCGUCCACCCUCAAGGUUUACGUGGCAGCCAUUUCGGCUUUCCACUCCCCUUCAAGGGAUGGGUCUCUGGGGAGACUUCCCUUGGUCGUACGGUUUCUCUGUGGGACCCGGAGGAUGAGACCUGCGACUCGCCCUAGGAUUCCCACCUGGGAUCUGGCGGUGGUUCUCGAAGCUUUGGCUGAGGCCCCCUUCGAGCCCAUGGAGUCGGCUGAGGCCAAGUACCAGACCCUGAAGAUGGCCUUCCUCCUUGCUAUCACCUCUCUGAGGAGGGUGGGGGACCUCCAGGCUCUUUCGGUUGCUCCCCGAUGCAUGGAGUUUGCCCCGGGUAAUGUGAGGGCCAUCCUGCACCCCAUACCGGGCUACAUUCAUAAGGUGCAGUCUUCUGUCACGGGGCCCGUUGUACUGCAGGCGUUUCAUCCUCCACCUCAUGUGUUCCCAUAG